GUACUUGAGACUAACAGCACCACCUGGUGAAAGUAUGCGAAACUCAACUGAAUUAUCUCACAGUAGGUGUUGGCAGGUAUACAUAAACUGCGUAAUUUGACUAAAACACCGAUUCGCUGAUAUUACUGCCAAAUAAUUUUUAAAUAUGGCUUCAACAAACCCAAGCCCGCAAGAUAGUAGCAGCGAUAAUGAUCUAAAUGAUCUAUUGGCUCUGCUUGAAGGCGAAAGUGAUUCACCCUCUUCUACUAUAAUAUCUAUAGAAGAUAGUCUUGUCAAGCAAUUGGACUCAUUUGAAGAAGCUACGGAGCAACAAAAAACAACUCUACCUCCAUGCCAAGUUUGUGGAGGUCCAUCAUCUGGCUAUCAUUAUGGAGCAAAUACUUGUCACCCUUGCAAAACCUUUUUCUAUCGAGCAUUGAAGUCUGAUAGGAAAUCAUCUCUAGUGAAAUGUCAAACUGGAAGAGGUUUAUGCAAUCCUUCUACAGAUUACAAAUUUACCUGUAAAUCUUGUAAAUAUAAUAAAUGUAUUAGUAUAGGAAUGUGUAAAAAAGCUGCCAAAAUCGGUAGAUAUAGCGUGGAGAAGCGCCUGGAAAAUGAUAAGAUAGCUAACGAUAUUAACCAAAAAAAGCUCUUAGUCCCUUAUCUGUUUAAUUAUACCGAGGUUGAUGAUACAAUUGUCACAUUUUCAGUAUUGUUUUCCGAUAUGAUGAAUAUUGAUUGGCCAAAAGAAAUUAAGGGCUUAAGAGAUGAUAUUAAUAAAAUCUCAAAUAUCUUUUCACACAAUAUGAUACACAGGGAGGCUUUCAACGACAUUUUGCAAACAACAGGAGUUGAAAUGGACAGUAGGAAAUGUAUGAUUUCACUAGGGGAGAAAGUACUUAGAACAAGCUUUCACCGUUUACUAAAUAUAGUCAUUAAACUACCCGGUAUGUUAGAAUUAGACAAACGAGAUUUUUUUAUGAAUAUAUUAAGAAUGCCCGACGAUCUAUCGCUUGUAUUAAAUCUAUCAAGUACUCAUUAUUUUAAAGAUGAUUACUCUGUAAUGAAAUUUGGAGAGUACGAGUUGGCUAUACACAAGGCCCAAUUGUAUAAUUUAUCAGGUGAAAAUACCGUUCACAAUCAGGAGCAUUUCCACAACGAUCUCGACGAAAUAGUAUUAAAUUAUGAAGAAACAGUUUUAUUAUUUGCUGCUACUUUAUGUACACCUAGAAAAAAAUAUCCACAUCUUAAAGCUAUUCAUAAUCAUAUAAUGUCUGCUCUCACACGCUAUUUGGAGAGUAGGCACGGAAAAUUUUAUCAUAAACGAUUAUUUCAAAUAGUAAAAUUCAUAUCAAAUAUGAGAGAACAGGGUUUAAUUGAAAGGAAAAACUGUAGGAAAGAAGAAUAUAAUAAAUGUGUGGAAGUCGGUAUGGCAAGAUGUAAUAUAAAGAUAGGACGGUAUACCAACAAGAGAAAACUUUCAAAUAAAGCACAGUUAGAUACGAUCGAAUAUAAACAAUCGAAAGUACCAUAUUUGAUGAAUUUUACGGAUUGCGAUGAUUUAUUAGUAGAAUGUUCUACUAUUUUCAAUAAUAUUCAAAGUAUUAGUUGGAAUAAGGAAAUAGCAGAUUUUCAAUUUAAACUUAAUACUGCCAUGAAUGAGACUAAGUGUGGUACAUUCUCCAAAGACACAUUUAUGGACGUUCUUGAAGUAACAGGCGUUGAAGUUGACGGUAGAAAGCACAUAUCAAAUUUAUCAGAGAAAUUCUUAGAAGUAGCCGUUAAAAGAUUAUUAGCAAACACUCAGCAAUUUCCAGGUAUGAAGGAAUUAUCAAGAGAGAACUUCCUGAUGAAUUUCUUUUUGAAUUCAAACAUAGUUCAUAUAGCUAUCAGUUUUAUAAUGAUACAAAGUUGGCAGGCAGAUAAAUAUGAAUUGAAAUUAGAUGAGAGCUGUUUGAAAGUAAAUAAAAGUGAUAUUGUAAAUCUCAGCGAUAAAAAGAUAGUUGAGAUACAGGAACAAUGUCAUAGGCAAUUAACAAAACUUAAUUUAACUACCGAAGAAUUAGUGCUUUUAAUUGCACUCAACCUUACUAGACCACAAAAAAGAUUUCCCCAUUUAUCUGCUGCAAAUAAUCGUAUACUAUUAACUAUGGAUAGUUUCCACUAUGGAGCAUACACGUGCGAAGCUUGCAAAGUAUUUUUUCGGAGGAGACAUAAUGAUGAUACAUCCAAAUAUGCAUGUGUGAACAAAAGGGGUCAAUGCAUCGCUAGAAGUGAUUUUAUAUUUGCAUGCAAAAAAUGUAGACUCCAUAGAUGCAGGGCAAUAGGCAUGUCUAAAACUUCUGUAAAAAUAGGUCGAUACACAAAAGAAAGAAAGAUGUAUAAUAAAAUGAAGUUAAACAAACUUAGCAAUCAGCCGCUUUUACUACCUCAGUUUUGCGAUUCAGAUGAUAUUAUAGUUAGGUGUGUGAAUGCUUAUACUGAUCUAAAACAAAUUGACUGGAAUUCUGAAAUUCAAGGGUUUCAAACGUUAUUUGAUGCAGCUUUGUAUCAUAAUCACAAGGGAACGUUUUCUUAUGACCAAUAUGUGGAUGUAUUAACUGUUGCAGGGGUUGAAAUAGAUGGUAGGAAAUUUAUGUUGCAAUUAGCUGAGAAAUUUAUGGAAGUUUCUCUGACAAAACUUUUGAAAGUUACAAGCACAUUUCCUGGCUAUCAUUAUGGAGCAAACACAUGCGAGGCUUGUAAAGUUUUCUUCCGUAGGAGUUGGUCAAAAUUUGAAAAUUAUAAAUGUGUGAGAAAAAAGAGGCAAUGCUUACCAACUAAAGAGUUCAGAUUUUUUUGUCAAUCUUGUAGAUAUGAUAGAUGUUUAAGAGUUGGAAUGUCUAAAUCGUCGAUAAAAUUAGGGAGAUAUACUGUUCAGAAACGUAGACAAAAUCAAUGUUUAGUUGAGGAAUUAGAUAGGAAACACGUAAUUAUUCCGUUUCUGCCAAAACAUUCAGACGCGCAAGAUCUUAUUGUUUGCUGUUGCAAAUCAUUUUCAACCUUCAAUAAAAUCGAAUGGGAAAAAGAAAUUCAAAAUUUUGAUGAGAUAUUCAAACAAAUCAGAUCAUUUUGCCAAACAGGAACAUUUUCAAAAGAAGACUAUAUGGACGUUUACGAGGCCACUGGUGUAGAGCUCGAUAAUCGAAGAGUGUUUAGUACUUUUACAGAACAGUUAGUAAAGCAUGCAGUUACUCGAUUUUUUGAGGGAAUAAUGUUACUACCAGGUUUGCGUGAUCUAAAACAGGAGGAACUUCUAUUAGCUUUAGCAAUGUCAAAAGAUGCAAUAAAUUAUGCUACUUUACUUUUCGGAGGUGUAACUUUAAGUGAACGUUCUUAUAGUAUUGAAUUCAGCGAUAAAUAUGUACUUGAGAUGCAAAGAUUAGACAUUGCUAAUUUAUGCGAUGAAACUUUAUUAGCUGGUGAAGAAGAACUGCUACGCCGAACUUCUAAUGUAAAUCUAAGCUUUCAUGAAAUUUGUAUAAUAAUUACUUUAAACGUCAUUAAACCGAAUCGAACCUUUCCACAAUUUCAUGAAAUAUAUAAUAGAAUGUUGAUGGCUUUUACCAAUUAUCUAGAAAAUUCUUAUGGUCGCAACUUACACUAUGGCGUCUAUACCUGUGAAGCUUGUAAAGUUUUCUUCAGAAGAUCAAAAAAAAUGCUCACACCCUAUCCUUGUAUAACUAAUAAGGGCCUCUGUGUUCCAUUGGAAAAUCAUGCAUUCUUAUGCAAAUCUUGUAGAUUUUCAAAAUGUAUUGAGGUAGGAAUGUCUCAAAAAGCAAUUAAAAUGGGAAGAUAUAGUAAUGAAAGACUUAAGCAAAAUGCUGCAAGUCUUGUAAAUUUGAAAGAAAAACAAGAAGUUAUUCCUUUCCUGCCAAAGAAUUCAAAUUUUCAAGAUAUUUUCAUACGCUGCACAAAUGUAUUUUCUCCAUUCUUUGAUUUAAACCUUAGAAAAGAGAUAGAUAAUUUCGAGGAAUUAUUCGCAACUGUAUCAGCAACAUUUAAACAAGGAUUUUAUGCGAAAGAUGAGUUUUAUAAUAUUAUGAAUGUAACAGGCGUAGAAAUAGAUAACAGAAAACAAUUUCUUGACUUGAUGGAUAUUAUGAUUCAAAAAGGAAUGAAAAAAUUUCUUUCAAGUUUAAGAAGUUUUCCCGGUUUUGAGGAUCUUGAUGAUAGAACAUUUUUUUUGAAUAUACACAACCACCUAGACGACGUUCGUUUCUUUCUAACACUCACAGGAAGACUUAAAUGGGUAGAUGAUACUGUAGAAUAUCACUUAGAUAAAGAUCAUUCGUUAACAUUAAGAAGAGAAGAUUUUGAAAAUUUAUGUGAUUCUAGUCUUGCUGAUUUGACUAAAAAGUAUUGUGAUACUUUAGCAGAAGUCGACAUAACAUAUGAAGAAUCAAUUUUCAUAUUAGUGAUUGCUAUAGUUCUAAGCAGAAUUGACAGACGUAUCAACUUACACUAUGGCGUCUAUACCUGCGAAGCUUGUAAAGUUUUCUUCAGAAGAUCGUUACAAAAGCUUACACCCUAUACUUGUUUAACUAAUAAGGGCCUUUGUGUUCCAUUGGAAAAUCAUGCAUUCUUAUGCAAAUCUUGUAGAUUUUCAAAAUGUAUUGAGGUAGGAAUGUCUAAAAAAGCAAUUAAAAUGGGAAGAUAUAGUAAUGAAAGACUUAAGCAAAAUGCUUUAAACCUUCUGAAUUCGAAAGAGAAACAAGAAGUUAUUCCCCUACUGCCAAAGAAUUCAAAUUUUCAAGAUAUUUUCAUACGCUGCACAAAUGUUUUCUCUCCAUUCCUGGAUUUAGACCUUCGAAAAGAGAUAGAUAAUUUCGAGGAAUUAUUCGCAACUGUAUCGGGAAUAUUUGAGCAGGGGUUUUAUGCGAAAGAUGAGUUUUAUAAUAUUAUGAAUGUAACAGGCGUAGAAAUAGAUAACAGAAAACAAUUUCUUGACUUGAUGGAUAUUAUAAUUCAAAAAGGAAUGAAAAAAUUUCUUUCAACUUUAAGAAGUUUUCCUGGUUUUGAGGAUCUUGAUGAUAGAACAUUUUUUUUGAAUAUACACAACCACCUAGACGACGUUCGUUUCUUUCUAACACUCACAGGAAGACUUAAAUGGGUAGAUGAUACUGUAGAAUAUCACUUAGAUAAAGAUCAUUCGUUAACAUUAAGAAGAGAAGAUUAUGAAAAUUUAUGUGAUUCUAGUCUUGCUGAUUUGACUAAAAAGUAUUGUGAUACUUUAGCAGAAGUCGACAUAACAUAUGAAGAAUCGGUUUUCUUAUUAGGUUUAUACAUACUGACUCCGAAUAGUCGGUGUCCACAAUUUCGUGUAUUACAAAAUCGGUUUCUCGUCGCUUUUCAAGGAUAUUUGGAUAAUAUAUUUGGAGUUUCGUCUCAUAAAAGAUUAUUAAAACUAAUGAAUUUAUUAUCACUGUAUAAGGAACAAUAUCACUAUGGCCGUAAAUGGGUUUCGCAAAAUCUACAGCUUCUAAAAAAUAUCCACCGUGUUAGCAAAAUCUGGAUAGCUAUAUUUCCAAGAGAAUUGACAGAGACAUCUAGUCAUGAAAGUUUGGUCAAAAAGAGAUUUAUAUUUGGCAAGAACUUACACUAUGGCGUCUAUACCUGCGAAGCUUGUAAAGUUUUCUUCAGAAGAUCAUUACAAAAGCUUACACCCUAUCCUUGUAUAACUAAUAAGGGCCUUUGUGUUCCAUUGGAAAAUCAUGCAUUCUUAUGCAAAUCUUGUAGAUUUUCAAAAUGUAUUGAGGUAGGAAUGUCCGAAAACGCUGUUAAAAAGGGAAGAUAUAGUAAUGAAAGACUUAAGCAAAAUGCUUUAAAUCUCCAGAAUUUGAUAGAAAAACAAGAAGUUAUUCCCCUACUUCCAAAGAAUUCAAAUUUUCAAGAUAUUUUCAUACGCUGCACAAAUGUUUUCUCUCCAUUCCUAGAUUUAAACCUUAAGGCAGAGAUAGAUAAUUUCGAGGAAUUAUUCGCAACUGUAUCCGCAAUAUUUGAGCAAGGCUUUUAUAUUAAAGACGAGUAUUAUAAUAUCCUGAAUGUAACGGGCGUCGAAAUCGACAACAGAAAGAAAUUCGUUGACUUGAUGGAUGUUAUCGAUGAUAGAGGAAUGAAAAAAUUUCUUUCAAGUUUAAGAAAUUUUCCUGGUUUUGAAGAUGUUGAAGAAAGAACAUUUUUUUCAAUUGUGCACAGUCGUCUAGUUGACAUUCGUUUCUUUCUAACACUUAUUGGGAAACUGAAGUGGGUAGAUGAUAGUGUAAUAUAUACUCUAGAUAGGGAUCAUUCAUUAAUGAUAAAACGUGAAGAUUUAGAAAAUUUAAGUGACUCUAGUUUUGUUGAUUUGACUAAAAAGUAUUGUGAUAUUUUAGCAGAAGUCAACAUAACAUAUGAAGAAUCAGUUUUUCUAUUAGGUAUAUACAUACUGACUCCCAAUAAUCGAUGUCCACAAUUUCGAGUAUUACAAAAUCAGUUUCUCGUCGCUUUUCAAGGAUAUUUGGAUAAUUUAUUUGGAGUUUCAUCUCAUAAAAGAUUGUUACAACUCAUGAAUUUAUUAUCCCUGUAUACUGAGCAAUAUAACUAUGGUCGUAAAUGGAUUUUACAAAAUCCUGAUCUUACUAGACAAAACGAUAUCUCCAGAAUCUGGAUAGUAAAGGACGAAAAGGAAUAUAUCAAAAUUUAUAAACAGAUCUUGAACACUUAA